AUGAAUAUGAACUAAUAUUAAUAUGAUAUUGAAAUUGUAAAUACAUAAAUUAUUUUUCCAAACUUUAGGAGGCUGGAUAUGUUGGACCUGUUGUUUGAAAAUUAACAUACUUAGUAUAAUGCUCCUCCUAAAAUCAGGAAAAAGAGAUUUUUGGCAACACCUUCUCAUUUAACAUUAAUAACAUUAAAUUUGAGUGAUAAUUGCGAAAGUUUAAAUGAGGAAGUUAAGCAUCAGAGUAGAAUGAAGCUUCAACCUAUUUUAAUUAUCAGAUUUUUAGAACAAAAACUUGAAGAACUAUUCUGA